AAGGAAGAAGACCUGGCGGAGGAAGUCAUGAUGGCGGAUAUGGUUGGCCCCAGAUCACCGGACAAACAAAGAGGACACUGGGCCUCGAAUAUGGACUAUUUAUUGUCUCUCAUUGGCUUUUCUGUUGGACUUUCAAACGUUCUGCGUUUUCCAUACGUCUGCAAUAAAAACGGUGGAGGUGCAUACCUUGUCCCAUACGUGACGUGCCUGAUGUUAUGUGGCCUACCUCUGUUCUACCUUGAAGUUGCCAUUGGUCAGUUCAGUGGAAAGGGUGUGUCCCACGUUUGGAGCGUAUGCCCUUUAAUGAAAGGUCUCGGGCUCGGCAUGCUGAUCGUGAUCUUCGGUACUAACGUGUACUACACCAUCAACGCCGCGUGGUCCCUGUACUAUGUUGUCGCGUCGUGUAGAACCGUCCUGCCUUGGUCGACCUGUGGCAAUUCCUGGAAUACAGACAGAUGUGUCAAAAACAUCAGAGCACUGAGACUCGCCACAGUCAGCAACUUUACAAUGGUUAAUGGAACCGAGGCCAACUCAAGACUCGCAGCUUACAAUGGCACCACAGAAUUCGGCAGCAGCGGCUGGGGACAAAAUGAAACAUUAUCCCACACUGCAGCGGAGGAAUUCUGGCAAUACAAGGCCCUCAGCAUUAGCCCAGGUUUGGACCAAGUGGGGACAGUCAAAUGGGAACUGGCUCUGUGUCUGUUUGCCAUAUACCUGCUGAUAUUCGGCUGUAUCAUCAAAGGCAUCAGAUCAGUUGGCAAGGCUGUCUAUGUUACUGCCACUCUACCUUAUGUGUUCCUCAUCAUCCUCUGUAUCCGCGGGCUGACUUUACCUGGAGGACCAGCCGGCGCUCUGUUCUACAUUUCACCGAAUUUCAGCAAAAUUCUCAACAUAGAGGUGUGGCUGGAGGCGUGUGCACAGGUGUUCUUUUCCCUUGGUCCAGCGUGGGGAAGUCUCAUCACGAUGGCAAGCUACAACACCUUCCAUACCAACUGUCUCAGGAAUGCAGUCAUCUGUACAUUCGUAUGUGGAGGAACGAGUCUGUUUGCUGGUGUUGGUGUCUUCUCCGUUCUUGGAUUCAUGGCUUAUGAAGCAGAUGUGCCCAUCACAGAUGUUGUGUCCUCUGGGCCUGGAUUAGGCUUCGUUAUUUACCCGGAAGCCUUAGCCCAACUUCCGGUUCCUCAGCUAUGGAGCUUCUUCUUCUUCAUUAUGCUCAUUCUUUUGACGCUGGAUUCAGCGUUUACAAUGGUGGAGACUGUGAUAUCGGCCAUAAUGGACUAUUUCCCGUCACUGAUGAGAUGGAGAUUAUGCGUUAACGCUGGGUAUUGUCUUGCUGCCUUUCUGCUGGGUCUGAUAUUCGCUACUGAGGGCGGAAUGUAUGUUUUCCAACUGGUUGAUUGGUACUUCGUAACCAUAUUCCUCAUCCUGGUCGGUCUUCUGGAGUGCAUCAUUCUGGGAUGGAUAUACGGUGUGAAUCGUGUCAGCGAGGAUGUCGAGAUGAUGACGGGGAGGCCAGUCCCAUUGUUCUUCAAAGUUUCAUGGUGUUUCAUCACACCUGCACUGCUUCUGAUAAUAUUCAUAUCUACUCUGGCCCGCUAUGAGCCGCCAACCUACGGCAAUUAUGUUUAUCCCAAAUACGCUGCUACCAUUGGUUGGUGCCUAGCAACCAUUCCCUGCAUUCCAUUGGUGGUCGGGAUGUUUCUGACCAUUUACAAGGAGGAGGGGACCCUAUUGCAGCGUCUCAGAAAGUCCGUGAGACCAAACAGCUCCUGGGGUCCGGCGGAAUCGUCCUAUGGGGAAGCAGUCCGAAACAGACUCAAGAGCACCAACUCUCUCAGGGAUACCUGCUUAUCAAUUAUGGAUACAAGUUUAGAGUGAAUCGCAAACGCAAUGCUGCAUCGUGGACGUCAUGGAUGUGCCUAGACAAGAACUGCACUUCAACUAUUUCUACAGUUGACGACAUCAUCACCAAACGUCCUGGCCAACAUAACCACGGACCGGUAAAUAAUGACAUAAAGGUUGUGCCCGAGGCUGUUCCGACUCCAUCUGGAAGUGUGUUCCAAGGUCCCACGAAUACGUUGUCCUCAGAGGCACAGAGAGCGCCUCCCAGACGCCGUGUUCCAUUCUCCAUCGAGGACAUCAUGAAGUCAGAUGACGUCCAGACCUCAGAGCCCAGCAUCACAGACAGGACUU